UACAAACUGUGGCUAGUAUCUUAUUAUAGAAAAUAGAGCCCACAUCAUGCAUCCUUCUUCCCAUGUUUCAUAAACAAGACCAGGGGAACCUGUUGUAGAGCAACCUGUUGCGUUGGUGUUGGUCCCCAAGAUGCAGCCUUUACAAUCUGCCCCCAAAUGUUUCAGAACAUGAAGUCCAUUCUCCCCUCUGGAACAGGCGGCUUCAGAUCCACCAGCAGAGACACACAGCAGAACAAAAUCUGGGCAUUGGUCUCCGUGUAGGAUGGCUUGCCAUUGUUAUUAUUUUUCCUUAAGCAAAGUAAAUGAACAUUUAAUAUCCAUAGUCGGCUGGAUGUCCCUCCACCCACUGCGAGCUCUUUGGUGAAGGGGAAGUCCUCCCUCUCUGUUAGAGGUCUCCCAUGUGGGGCCACGUCUUCCCUCACCAGGAGCCUGCGGGGUGCGCUCCAGCCUCCCUCAGCUUGCCUUUUGCAUGGUCAUUGGAGCUAGGGCACACGUCACACUGAUUCACAUAUUUCUGCCCUUUGUCACGUAUUGAGAAAAAGGAAGGAUGAAUGGACGGUCUUUGAUUGGCAGCGCUGGUGACGCCUGUCAUGGUCCUGUUUGGAAGGACUCUUUUGGAACUAAAGCUGGUGAGGCAGUGCGCAGAGGCAUCGACCAGCUAAGCUUGGCCCUGGCAGAUGGGUCGCAUGAACAGGAGCCAGAGGAAGAGAUAGCCAUGGAGGAUAGCCCCACUAUGGUUAGAGUGGACAGGGGUGAAAACCAGGUUUCACCAUGUCGAGGGAGAAGGUGCUUCCCCAAAGCUCUUGGCUAUGUCACCGGUGAUAUGAAAGAACUUGCCAACUGGCUUCAAGACAAACCUGUGGUGCUCCAGUUCGUCAACUGGAUUCUUCGGGGCAUAUCCCAAGUGGUGUUUGUCAACAACCCCAUCAGUGGAAUCCUGAUUCUGGUGGGACUUCUUGUUCAGAACCCCUGGUGGGCUCUCACUGGCUGGCUGGCAACAGUGGUCUCCACUCUGAUGGCCCUCUUGCUCAGCCAGGACAGGUCAUCAAUAGCGUCUGGGCUCUAUGGCUACAAUGCUACCCUGGUGGGAAUACUCAUGGCCGUCUUUUCAGACAACGGAGACUAUUUCUGGUGGUUGUUAUUCCCUAUAUGUGCUAUGUCCAUGACUUGCCCAAUUUUCUCAAGCGCAUUGAAUUCUGUGCUCAUCAGAUGGGACCUCCCUGUCUUCACCCUCCCUUUCAACAUGGCAUUGUCAAUGUACGUUUCAGCCACAGGACAUUACAAUCCGUUCUUUCCAGGCAAAUUGGUCAUACCUGUAACUUCACAGCCAAAUAUCUCCUGGUCUGAUCUAAGUGCCCUGGAGUUAUUGAAAUCUAUACCAGUGGGGGUUGGUCAGAUCUACGGCUGUGAUAAUCCGUGGACAGGGGGCAUUUUCCUGGGAGCCAUCCUGCUCGCCUCCCCACUCAUGUGCCUGCAUGCUGCCAUUGGAUCCUUGCUGGGCAUAGCAGCAGGACUCAGUCUUGCAGCCCCAUUUGAGGACAUCUACUUUGGACUCUGGGGUUUCAACAGCUCUCUGGCCUGCAUUGCAAUGGGAGGAAUGUUCAUGGCGCUCACUUGGCAAACCCACAUCCUGGCUCUUGGCUGCGCCCUGUUCACGGCCUAUCUUGGAGUCGGGAUGGCAAACAUAAUGGCUGGGAUUGGAUUGCCAGCUUGUACCUGGCCCUUCUGCUUGGCCACGAUAUUGUUCCUCAUCAUGACCACAAAAAAUUCCAACAUCUACAAGAUGCCCCUCAGUAAAGUUACUUAUCCUGAAGAAAACCGUAUCUUCUACCUGCAAACCAAGAAAAGGAUAGUGGAAAGCCCUUUGUGAGAAUAAGCCCCAUCUGCAGCCAUGGUCACGAGUCAUUUCUGCCUGACUGCUCCAGCUAACUUCCAGGAUCUCAGCAAACUGCUGUUUUCCAUGAGUAUCAACUUUCAUACUAACGCAUCUGCGAUCUGUUCUUAUGCUCAUUUUGCAUUUUCCUUUCAACUCCAGGAGUAUCCUCAAGCAUAUGAGAGCCACAUCUAGGUGAUGUGCUCUUGUAUGGAAUUGGAAAGCCCAGUGGGGGCUUAGCACUCAGACUGGAACACAUAUAAAGUCAAAGUGCUCCAACAGAAGGAGGAAGUAAAAACAAACUAUUGUUAUUUAUUGAUAUUCUUGGUGUUUCACUAGCUGGAUGAUGUUAACAGUAUUAAAAAUUAAACCCCAUAAACCAACUAA